UGCCAUCUUUCUGUGUUUCACUAUUCUUCACUUCUUCAAAUUCUUUCGAUCUAUAAAAACAGGAAAGAAUUUGGUCCAGAGUCUACCACCACUCCCUACACCUUCAAAUGCAUUGGAAAUUAUUGGGUGGCAGGCUUUCUCUUCAUUCUUUCCUUUGUCUUUUUCGUCAUGUGUACUGUCUUCCUUGUUCUUGAGAAGAUUCAAGACGACGAAUCGGCCACCUCGUCUUCCAUUUGA